AUGAAGGCCCGCCCCGCCGCCCCCCGGGACCUCGCCACCCCCCCCGGAGCCCCCCCCCGCCCUGUCGUGUUCCCCCAGCUGCCAGUCUCUCACCCCCACCUUGGCCUGGCGCAACUCCCCUCCCCACCCCGUGCCCCUGUCCCUUCCCCCCAAAUGGCCCCCCUGGGCUCCCACGCCCAGGCCCCGAGACACACCCCCCCCGUACCGAUGCUCCCCCCCCCCCCCUAUCUGCGCGCCCGCCCCUUCGCCCUCCCCAGUCCCCGCACCGGGCUGUCGUCCGCCGGCCCGGAUGAGGCCCGUCCCCCGCCCCCCCCCGGCCCCCCUCCCAAGGACUCACAACGCAGCCGCCACCCGACUGUUCUCUCCCCGUACGUCCCUCCAGCGUACCUGCCCCGGGCCCACCACCCCCCCACGUAUCCCCUCAGUGCCCCCCCCCCUCCCGUUGCGCCCUGGCCCUGCGCCCUCCCCACCCCCGCUGAUGGCUCCCACUCCCUCCGUCCCUCCCCUCCCCCCCUCCCCGCCCCCUACCGUCGGUCACCCCUGAAUGCGCCAGCCCCGCCGCUUGCCCUGAUCCCCGGCCUGCACCCCCCGCUCACCCCCCCGGAGCCCCGCCAUACCUCGCCCCCUCCCUCCAAUAGACACCCACCGAUGAAGCUCCCACACCCCCCCACCGAUCCCCCGUGUCUUUGGCCUCCCACCUCAUGGACGCCACCCCCCUGCGUGCCAUCUGCAAUCCUUGGGAGUAAAUCUCCGCCCCCCCCCAGGCAUGCCCCACCCCCCAUCUUUUAG